UUCUCUUGUUCUACGGGAGAUAACUCUUGGAGGGAGAAAAAUGGCUGAAUUUACUGAACUGGGAAAACACUGUAAUGUGGCAGAUUGUAAUUUAUUAGAUUUCUUACCCUUUGAUUGUGAUGGAUGUGGGAAAACAUUUUGCAAGAUUCAUAAAGCCACUGAUAAUCAUCAAUGUACACAGCACCUAAAACCAGAAGAACAUACAGAAUACCAUGGUGUUAAAGGGAUCAACUGUUUUUUACAAGGAUGUAGUAACAGAGAACUGACACCAAUACCUUGUCCAAAAUGUAAAAAUUGUUUCUGUCUAAAACAUCGGCAUGCUCAGGAUCAUCAGUGUAAAGUUUUAGCAGCAGAAACAUUAAAUAAAGUAUCAAAAACGGCUGAACAUGUUAAAGAUAUAUUAGCUUCUAAACAACCUGUUGUUAAGAAACCAAUAAAGAAGGGAAGUAAAUCUGCUAAAACAGCUGCCAAGGUUGCAUUAAUGAAGAUGAAGAUGAAUGCUAUUGGUGAUAAAGGAAUCCCUGAUACCGAGAAAAUAUAUUUUCAAGUAUAUUUGCCAUUAAAAUCUCCAACAAAAACUAAAAAUAUAUUUUUUUCAAAGAAAUGGAGUAUAGGCAGAGUUAUAGAUGAGAUAGCUAGUUCUACUGGUCUUACUAAUACUAAUAAUACAGGUACAGAGAAGAAAUUACGAUUAUUUAGUGGCGAAAAUGGUAUAUUGUUAGAAACUGACUGGAUACUAGAGACAAUUAUAGAUAAUGAUAAAUAUGAAGUAUAUAGUGGAUCAACUGUAAUAAUAGAAUAUGUACCAGUUUCAUGUGGUCUAAUAGAAGAUAUAUCUUUAUAUACUGGUGCUGUUUCAUAAAUAAAUAAAUAAAAACUUAGCAUAUAACUUGGUUUAUACAUUUUUAUUUCUUAAUAGUUUGUAUGGUAUUCAUUACACAUCUCUGUUUGAUCAUAAAGCAAAAACACAAUGUGUUAAAUUAAAAAUCAGAA